AUCCUAUACGUCCCGGCAGCGGGCUGCCCUACUACUGGAACGUGGAGACCGACCUGGUGUCCUGGCUGCCCCCCACCGACCCCAACUCCGUCGUCACCAAAGCCGCCAAGAGGCUCAAGGGGGGGGCAGAACCCGAGGAAACCCCCGAAAGGGGCUACGAGAAGGAGGAGCCCCCCCGGGAGCGACGCUUCCACCGGCGCGAGGAGGCGGCGCCGUACCCCAAAAGCAAGAAAA